ACAAACCUAUAGCUAUAAGCUCGGUAAAGAGUAUUUACAAAGAUUGGUUAAGACUUAAGGAGCAACACUGUUUCCACCCGCCUUUUCGGUGUCCUCCCUCCCAUGUGACUCUGUCUCCAUAUCAAUCCCCUCCACCCCACAUUUAUUUUUUCAAUUCAUGACCCUGAAACCUCUACACUUUCUUCUCUUUCUUUUCUCACUGCCACUGCUGCCUUGGGUUCUAGUUUUUUUUCAUCCUGGGAAUGUCUCUAACAUUUGGAUUUUCUGGGUUGGUUGCCUUUGGGAUCAUAACAACGAGUUUCCAGUAAAGGGUGCUGCUUAAAGCCGAAAAUGAAGAAGAUUUUGUUUAGAUACUUCGUUUUCUUGCUUCUUUUAGGCUUCGGCUGUUUAUUCUCAGUUCCAGUUUCGGCUCACAAUGGACCGAUCACAGAUCAUGUCAAGUUCGUUUUUGGAGGGGUGAAUUUAGGUCCAUGGAAGAAUGAAAUAUCUGAGCUGGGAGAAGCACCAGCUCCUACAAAUGAUGAACCUCCAAGCACCCUGGUUUUGGCUGCAAAAAGGACAAAUAGGCCGGACAUUCUUCGCCAUUUCAAGCAUUAUCUCGGUGGGUGGGAUAUUACCAACCGGCAUUACUGGGCGUCUGUUGGAUUUACAGGUGCUGCUGGAUUCAUUUUCGCUGCCUUAUGGUUUGUUUCUUUUGGCUUGGUUCUUGCGGUGUAUCAUUGUUGUGGAUGGAGAAUAAACAUCGAAGGAAAAAAAUCAGAUCACUCACAAACUAUUUGUCUUGUAAUGCUCAUAUUGUUCACAAGUGUUGCUGCGACUGGAUGUAUUCUUCUUUCUAUUGGGCAAGAUGAAUUUCAUGAUGAAGCGUUGCAUACUUUGAAUUAUGUUGUAAACCAGUCAGACUAUACUGUACAGAUCCUAAAGAAUGUUACACAGUACCUAUCUCUAGCGAAAACCAUCAGUGUGGCUCAGGUUUUCCUUCCUUCCGAUAUCAUGACUGACAUUGACAAGUUGAACAUAGAUCUAAACACAGCAGCAGAUACGCUUACUGAGAAGACUGAUGAAAAUGCUGUCAAAAUAAAAAGAGUCUUCAAUGCUGUGCGAUUAGCAUUGAUCACCGUGGCAGCUGUGAUGCUAAUUUUGGCUCUGCUUGGUCUUUUGAUGUCUAUCCUAGGUCACCAACAUGCCAUUCACAUAUUCAUAGUCAGCGGAUGGUUGCUAGUAGCUGUUACAUUCAUUCUUUAUGGCGUUUUUGUAAUCAUGAACAAUGCAAUUUCUGACACUUGUUUGGCUAUGGAAGAAUGGGUGGAAAAUCCCCACGCGGAGACUGCUCUUAGUAACAUCCUUCCUUGUGUUGAUCCGAGAACAACAAACCAUACACUCACUCAAAGCAAACAAGUCAUCACUAGUAUAGUAGAUGUUGUCAAUACAUAUAUCUACUCCAUUGCAAAUAUAGAUCUUUCCCCAGACGACAAUCGUCACUACAAUCAGUCUGGGCCUACUAUGCCUCCUUUAUGUUACCCAUUUGACUCUCAGCUCCAAGAUCGGCAGUGCGGGUCUUAUGAGGUGUCUAUGGCAAAUGCUUCACUGGUUUGGCAGAACUACACGUGCAUGGUAUCAGAAUCUGGGCUAUGCAACACCACUGGAAGGAUAACGCCGGACAGAUUCACACAGCUGGUGGCAGCGAUUAACGAGAGUUAUGCUCUUGAGCACUAUACCCCACCCUUACUGUGCCUUCAAAAUUGCGAUUUUGUCCGGGAUACAUUUCAAAAUAUCACCUCGAAUUACUGCCAUCCAUUGGAGCGUUACCUUAAAAUGGUCAAUGCAGGAUUGGGGUUAAUCUCAGUAGGAGUUUUGCUGUGUCUGGUUCUGUGGAUAUUCUAUGCAAACCGCCCCGAAGGGAGGAAGUGUUUGUGAAGAUACUGUUGCCGAUGAAACUAAUGAGCUGCAAAAACAUUUUCAACACAAACAACAAGACAACAUUGUCAAGCGCAAAUAGUGUCUAAAAUUAUAGAAAGAAAUUAGGUUCAAGUCUAUAUAACAUUCUUUUUCGUUGUAUCCGAGACCGGGAAAGAAACCAAGAUGGGGCAAAGCUCCAUUUUUGAGUUGGAAGGGUAAUUUAUCGUUUCUGUGUUGUCUUAUAUAUGCAUCUACACAUACAUAAUAUAUAUAGGCUUAAAUGAAAAAUGGGUGUUCUUCUCA